AUGACUUCAACCUACCCGCCCAAAGUCUCUGCUCAAGAACUACAGGAUACUGUCUUGGUGGCAAUCGAUUGGGCCCUUGCUCACGGCCUCAUUGUGCGACCUACCAAGGAUAAGCAAUUAACAAACAACGCGGCUGUCACGCAUGCCCCUUUUGCCCUGUAUCCUACUCCUUUUCCCCGUAAAGAAUUUGAAAAAGCUAGAGAUGUGCAGCAACCUUGGAACACCCUGAUUCACAAGAUGAGUCAAGACGAUCAAUUGAUUUCAGAGACCAUGGAAACAUUAUCAAAGCUGGAUGAUUUCAUGAACGAAUUGUAUCAAAUCUAUCUGACUGUCAAGAAGGAGGGUGUUGCUCAAACUGCAAGCCUUGGUAUCCAUCGUAAUGAUUACUUGUUGCAUGCUGAAGCAGGUGCUGAUGCAAAGACCGCCAAGAUCCAGCAAGUGGAGUUCAAUACUGUAUCUGCUAGUUUUGGUAGUUUAUGUACCAGAACAAGCGAGCUUCAUCGCUUCCUCUUGUCAUCUGUAAAGGGAUAUGCAGGAGAUCAGAUUGACAUAAGCCAGUUGCCUGAGAACAAGGCCAUUGACUCACUUGCAAAUGGUUUAGCUGCUGCAUGGAAGCAUUACGGCAACCCUGAGGCCCGUGUGGUGAUGAUUAUUCAACCUGGAGAACGCAAUGCAUUUGAUCAACGUUGGAUUGAGUACAAUUUAUUACAAAACCAUGGCAUUCCAUUGACUCGACUCUCUCUCGAAGACCUCGCUACUCGCGCUCAACUAAAUGAAACUACCAAGGCAUUAGUCAUUGAUGGAUUUGAAGUGGCAGUAGCCUAUUAUCGUGCAGGUUAUGGCCCUGAAGAUUAUCAUUCCAAGAAAGAAUGGGAUGCUCGUUUGCUCAUUGAGAGAUCACUCGCCAUCAAAUGCCCUACUGUCGCAUACCAAUUAGUGGGGGCCAAGAAAGUGCAACAAGUGUUGGCUGAACCUGGGCGUUUAGAACGCUAUGUAGAUAAAUCAACUGCAGAUGCCAUCCGUGAAUCCUUCACUGGUUUAUACCCUCUCGACAGUAGUCCCGAAGGUUUAGCAGCCUAUCAGUUAGCCUUAUCCAAGCCAGAUAACUUGGUCAUGAAACCUCAGCGUGAAGGUGGAGGACACAAUAUUUAUGGCCAAGAUAUUUUAGCUGAACUCGAGAAAUUGACUGCCGAGGAAAGAAAUGCAUACAUUUUGAUGGAUUUAAUCCGUAGUCCUCCUCUUGAUAAUCUGAUGGUUCGUGAAGGUGAAAUCAUUACAGGUGAUGUGGUCAGCGAACUUGGUAUUUAUGGCAUUUAUCUUGCUGAUGGCGAUAAAGAAAUUCUUAAUGACGAAGGUGGUCAUUUAUUACGUACCAAAGCAACGACGACUCGUGAAGGUGGUGUUGCUGCUGGAUUUGCUGUCAUUGAUAGUCCUUUACUUGUAUAA